CAUUUUUUGCUAAGAAGCCACCACAUUGCCUUCGGUUUCUACGCCUCUUAUACUUCUUCAUCCUUGUCCGUCUUUGCUCUCCUCGAAACUCGUCGUUUUCCAAUUUGAUCUGUCGUAAUGUCGGCGGUCUCGUGCUCCACGGCUAGCUCUAGCGGUGGAUGUGGAUUGAGGUCUCAACUAAAGACAUGUGCUUUACCAGCAUUUACCUCUCUUAAUUUCGGCAGAACUGGGCCAAACUCUCAGAGUGACAGAUUAAGUAUUCAUCGGUUGGAAUUGGUACAUGGCAACCGUAAGGCAAGAGGAACAACUAUCUGUAUGACAUUAGUCGACGAAAGACAAUCCACGGGCCAAAAAGUUGUCGACCCUCCUCGGAUCCUGGCGUACGAUCUUGUUCAAGGGGCUCUUGUGAAGUGGACAUGGAAGGAGGACAAGUCUGUUCCAGAUACCCCUGCUGCUGUUCUUCUACAUGGAAUUUUAGGCAGCGGCAAAAACUGGGGCACUUUUGCUCGAAGAUUGGCUCAUGAGUUCCCAAAUUGGCAGUUUCUCUUGGUAGACUUGCGUUGCCAUGGGGAUUCAGCGUCUCUCAAGAAGAGAGGUCCAAACUCUGUUGCUACAACUGCUUCUGAUGUUCUAAAACUUGUUGGUCAGUUGAGGUUAACACCUCGGGUCCUUGUUGGUCACAGCUUUGGAGGGAAAGUUGUUUUAAGCAUGGUGGAACAAGCAGCUAAGCCUCUUCCUCGACCAGUCCGAGCUUGGGUGUUGGAUGCCACUCCUGGAAAGGUUCGUGCAGGAGGAGAUGGAGAGGAUCAUCCACGAGAGCUUAUAUCAUUUCUAAGUACAUUGCCUAAAGUGGUCUCAUCAAAGCCAGAAGUUUUAAACGCUCUUAUCAAAGAAGGGUUUUCGAAUGAAGUAUCACAGUGGGUUGUUACCAAUCUGAGACCUACUGGACCAUCGUGCUCUAGCUUCUCGUGGACAUUUGACUUGGACGGGAUCUCCCAACUUUAUCAGUCCUACGAAGAAACAAAUCUAUGGAACUUUGUUGAGAACCUGCCAAGAGGAGUACAUGUGAAUUUUCUUAAAGCGGAAAGAAGCUUGCACCGUUGGGCCCUAGAAGACCUUCAACGAAUCCACGCCGCUGAAGAGCUCGCCUCUGAAGAAGGCGGCGGCGUAGAAAUGCAUGUCCUGGAAGAUGCCGGUCACUGGGUUCACACGGACAACCCGGAUGGCCUCUUCAGGAUCUUGUCAUCUUCAUUCCAGGUUCUCAGAGCCUGGAGGUGCAAACGCUCUACGUUCUGCCUUUUUCCUGUUUGAUAUAUACUUGUGAAGAAGUUAAGUCUUAAUCACAUCUGACAUAUACAAUA